GGCAUAUCUCAAUACCAAUGUCAGCAAAUGAUAUAAUAAAAGAGAUCAGAGGAAAUCAGGUGACUUUUCAAGAUUGCUUUGUUGCAAACAUCCUUUUCCUGCUGGGCUUUACUUGGUUCACAAUACCUGAGGUUCCUGGCUUUUUACCAAUCUCUUCACCACUUGGUAGUCAGUUAAUGAUAGCCUGGGAUACCUGUGCUCCAGCAUCUAUUGUUCUGGUAGCCGAUAUGGAGACCUUUCAAACCAACGAUUCAUUUCGUACUUGGACCAGAAUCAGAGUGCCUCCAAACAUCCUGACUGACGAAGAAAGAAGCAAUGUGUCUGAUGUGAACCUAUCCCGUGAUGGGAUAUUUUUUUUAAUAAAUGGUAUCCUCUAUCUAAAAAGUGUGACCAGAUUUGCAAAACUGGGAAGCAAGGAAAAUCUUCCUGAAGGUGAAAUUAUUGGCAUUAAAACAAGAAAAUGGUGUUGGCACAGCUAUUUAGCGAAGGCUAAUAAAAGAAGCAGCAUGGCAAUCUGGACAAAAAAUGAAUUUUAUCUUGGAUAUGCUCAUCUUAAAUUUGUCAAAAUAAUAGAUACUAAAAGACUGGGGGAAAUCCUACAUAUAAUCCCAACUGCUACUCUGACCAUACAUAAUAUUGAGUAUACAGCACACCCUUUGGAACUUGGCUUGUUGUUAAAUAUCUGUAUUACAUGUAAUGUCAUGAAAAAAAUUCACCUAGUGAUAUAUAAUGAAGAUUCAGAACAGUGGGUGCACAAAGACUUUUCAUUAAACGUCACGAUUGACACUGUUAUAACUCCAUAUUUUCUGUAUUCAGCAAUACCAGAAUUAAUAGUAUGGGACAAACACAGGAUCUACUAUUUUUAUGACGAUUUCACGACUACUGGAGUUUUACAGACACCUACAGAAUUUGGGAAUCUGUCAAAAUUAUCACAUGACAGUAUUAUUCAUAGCACUUUUAUAGAUUACUAUGGAAAUAUCUUGGUAAAAAUGGAAAAUAAUAUCUUGUUUCAUUCCAAGAUUAAUAUUAGAGAUGCAGUGAAGCUACCUUUAUGGACAAACACUUUAACAAAAUCAGCACUUUUCUGGAAUUUAUUUAAUGAAAUAAAUUUUGUACAUGUUUUGGGAAAUGGCACACUAUAUGUACAGGAAUAUCCCACAAGUCUGGAAGUACAAAGUAUAACUUUCAAAACAAAAGAAAAAUGUCCCUUUGUGACAUUUCAUACUAAUAUUUAUCAUGUUUUUUACAUCUUGGACAAAGGAGAGAACCUGUCAGGUUGGGCUCAAAUAGUCUACCCAGAAAAUAAUGGUUUGUAUAUUAUUGUGGAACCUUAUGGCCCAAAACUAUUAAAAGAGAAAUACAGUAUUAACUAUGAAAUUGCUUCAGGAUUCUGCACUAAAACCCUGCUCAUGACAUUUUUUCAGACUGCAAAUUAUCAGGCAGUGGGUGAUUACUUCAAGAAGCAAUUUAGUUACAAAGGUUGUCAUCGGCAUGAUUUCUUUUACAUUAUUGAAAAGUCAUUUCUGAGGAAUCGACCAUCUACAGACUUGAGAGUAAAAUAUAGUUGGAGAAAAUAUGGCUGCCCAUUGAAACUUGAUUUCAAAGACAAAUUUCACCCUUUGCUUCAACUAUACAACAAAAAUGGCUUUAUCAAGGAUGUUGACGCAAAUUUCAUAGUGUGGGAAAUCCACGGCAGGGAUGACUACUCCUAUAACCUCACUAUGCAGAAGAGUGGUUGUUUAAAUGAGGCCCAGACGUGGGAUAAAAUGAUCAGGCUUAACAAGAACCGCUCAUUAGAAGACGUUUGGGGACCUGAGAACUAUAAGCACUGUUUUUCUUAUGGUAUUGGAAAACCAGGAGACUUGAGUCAACCGUACGAGAUUAUCAACAAGUCUAACCGUAACCAUUUAGUUUGGCCUCUUCCGCAAGCUGGAAUGUAUGUGUUUAAAGUGAAGAUCCUGGAUCCAAACUAUAGUUUCUGUGACCUAAGAGCUCUCUUUGCAAUACAGAUCUCUGGAGUGAUUCCCAGUCCAAAUGGCUACCUGGUUUUUUCUGUCCUCUUUAUCCUGAUGCUACUGUUCUGCAGUAUUCUAACUUUUAGCUACUUCCAUUACAUGAUGAUUUUCAUACUUGAGAAAGAAAAACAAAAGGAAAAUUAGGAAAAAAAUGAAAGUUUGUUUACUAUGGAUAUAUAUAUAUAUGUAGGAAUAUACUCAAAGUACAAAUAUGUAUUGUGUUUAUAUUGAGAACAUGUGUUUGACCAAGAAGUACUAAGAAUAAAAGUUUAUAGUAAGUAUCGUC